AUGGCGGCCGCGGCGGAGGGGGCAGCGGGAAGCGGUGGCGGCUCCCCGUCCUCCGCCCGGCGGCGGCUGCGCAUCAUCUCCGGGCACCUGCGGGGCUCGCCGCGGGCUCCGGAGCGGGAAGCGCUCUCCCCGAGCCCCUGCAAGGCGCAGGGGGGCUCCGCCGGGCCGGCCUCCGGCUCCAUCCCGAAGAAGCGGCAAGAACUUCUGAAGUGGAAUGGAUGGGGAUAUAAUGACUCUAAGUUCAUUUUCAAUAAGAAAGGUCAAGCAGAAUUCACAGGAAAAAGGUACAGAUUAGGUGGUAUGGUAUUACCAACUUUUAAGGAAUGGAUAGAAAAAACGUUUGGAGCAAGUCUGGAGCACAAAACUACCUCUAGAGCAUCUUUAAAUGUUAAUGAUGUACCUCCAUCCAUUGUAAAUGAAGAAUUUCUUCAGGAUCUUAGAGCCACUAAAAUCUCAUAUUCACAGGAUGCAGAAGAUAGGGUAUUCAGAGCUCAUGGUCACUGCCUACAUGAGAUAUUUGUACUCAGGGAAGGAAUGUUUAAGCGAAUUCCUGAUAUAGUUGUAUGGCCUGUUUGCCAUGAAGACGUAGUUAAAAUUGUGGAAUUAGCCUGCAAACACAAUCUCUGCAUAAUACCAUUUGGUGGAGGGACGAGUGUCUCUAGUGCCCUUGAAUGUCCUGAAGAAGAAAAAAGAACAAUUGUCUCACUGGAUACAUCACAAAUGAAUCGGAUUCUCUGGAUAGAUGAGAGAAACUUAACAGCUUGUGUGGAAGCUGGCAUUGUUGGACAAGAUCUGGAAAAACAGCUUGCUGAAAGUGGCUUCUGUACAGGCCAUGAACCAGACUCCAUGGAGUUCAGUUCACUAGGAGGAUGGGUAGCAACACGAGCAUCAGGCAUGAAAAAAAACAUCUAUGGAAACAUUGAAGAUCUGGUGAUUCAUAUAAAAAUGGUAACUCCAAGAGGAAUAGUAGAAAAAAACUGUCAAGUACCUCGCAUGUCAACAGGACCUGAUAUCCAUCACUUCAUUAUGGGAUCUGAAGGAACUCUUGGAGUGGUUACUGAAGUUACAAUAAAGAUUCGCCCCAUCCCUGAAUACCAGAAGUAUGGCUCUGUGGUCUUCCCCAACUUUGAACGAGGGGUGGCCUGCUUAAGGGAAGUGGCAAAGCAGAGAUGUGCUCCUGCAUCAAUUCGCCUUGUCGACAAUGCACAGUUUCAGUUUGGUCAUGCUCUUAAACCACAAGUUGCUUCAAUUUUUACAUCAUUUUUGGAUGGACUGAAAAAAUUCUACAUCACAAAGUUUAAAGGAUUUGAUCCCAACGUACUGUGUGUAGCUACCUUGCUCUUUGAGGGUGACAGAGAGAAGGUUCUUCAGCAUGAAAAGCAAGUCUAUGAUAUUGCCACCAAGUUUGGUGGCUUGGCAGCAGGAGAAGAUAAUGGACAGAGAGGAUAUAUGCUGACUUUUGUCAUCGCUUACCUUCGGGACCUGGGCCUGGAUUACUAUGUAAUAGGAGAAUCAUUUGAGACAUCUGUUCCUUGGGAUAGGGUUUUGGACCUUUGUAGGAAUGUAAAGGAAAGGAUAGUAAGAGAAUGCAAAGAAAAGGGUGUUCAGUUUGCUCCUCUUUCCACCUGCAGGGUGACACAGACUUAUGAUGCAGGUGCAUGUGUCUACUUCUACUUUGCCUUUAACUACAGAGGAAUUAGUGAUCCUGUUCAUGUCUAUGAACAAAUUGAGAGGGCUGCUAGAGAAGAAAUACUUGCCAAUGGAGGAAGUCUGUCACAUCACCAUGGAGUCGGCAAAUUGCGGAAGCGCUGGAUGAAGGAGAGCAUCUCUGAUGUUGGCCUGGGAAUGCUGAGAUCUGUUAAAGAAUAUGUGGACCCCAAUAACAUCUUUGGAAACAAAAAUCUUUUAUAAAGCCCUGCACAACAUGAUGUACUAAAACUUCUUCAGAAUUACUGUUGAAAUUCCUCCAUUUUCAUUGUAUUGAUAUCCCAGUAAUCAAAUAUAACAUAGACUAAACUUUAAAAACUAGUAACUUUGACUUUUGCCACCCCCUUCCCCCUCUCCCCAAUAAAGUGUAAACAUCACUGUUAAUGUUUAUGGAUUUUUACUUACAAUGCUCUUAAACUCUUAAACAACCCACUGGGCACAAAGUGUAUUUAUUACCAACCAGGAAAUGCAAAUUUGGUUUUCCAGGUUUGGUUAGGCAACACAGCUGACAGUAUAUUCAAUGCUGGAUACUGCCAGAUGUUUCUUACUAAAGCAUCCCCUGCAAGGAGAACAAAGACUGACAACAGUGUUUUCUACAGAAGCAGCUGCUCAACCCAGCCUCUUGCUAAAGGAAAGCUGCUAAGAGACAGAUGAGAGAACACCAAGGAGUACUUCACUGUACUGAAGGAUUAAGUAUGUAACAGACUUGUAACCAGCGAAUACUUAAAGUACAAAUGUAGGCUUCGAUCAAAAGAGACAAUGUAAGUGAAACUACUUCUAAAAACUCAGUAGUCUCCCACUGUAGUGCUAUUGGAAAAUCUUACACAAUUGAGCUGUUCUGAGUUGUAUUUGCAUUGCUGGGAUAAUCUUUAAUUGUAGGUCAGUCACUAAGUUUUGUACAAUGGACAUUUCUCACUGUAUGUUGAAAACAGGUUUGUAACAAAACUUUGCGUUCAUCUGUAAUUCAGUCCUAGUGUGUAUGGUUUUUGCUCCUGUUUUGUUUGUUUUGCAGAGAUGCAAAAUAUCUUUUUCAGUAAAAAAUGUUUUGGCUAUUCAAAUGAAACUGCCCAGCACUGUCUUUUGAAACAGUCUCAACAGUUUAAUAAAACACUUAAGUGGACAA